GUGGCCGUAGGGCUUUUAACAAACACUUCGCCAGCUAGGGUUUUGCUGCUCUCUUGCGACUAAGGGAAGAAGGAAUAGAGGCGAGAUUUCAGUAGCAGAGCACAAGCAGCAGCCAUGGCGAGCACGAAAGUUCAGAGGAUUAUGACCCAGCCCAUUAAUCUGAUAUUUAGGUUUCUUCAGAGUAAAGCUCGAAUUCAGAUUUGGCUUUUUGAGCAGAAGGAUCUGAGGAUUGAAGGCCGCAUUAUUGGGUUUGAUGAGUACAUGAAUUUGGUUUUGGAUGAUGCUGAGGAAGUCAAUGUAAAGAAGAACAGCAGAAAGCAAUUGGGUCGCAUUCUUCUAAAAGGGGACAAUAUCACCCUGAUGAUGAACACGGGGAAGUAACAUCAUGGAUGGUGAUUUGGAUCUCAGCAGAGCAGCAUAUUUCAAAUGCACAUUAUCGUGCGCUUGGAAAUCCUUUGAACUUCAACUAUUAUAACCAAUGUAUUCUAGGGAUUGAGUAGUAUAUGAGAUGCCAGAGUUCUAUCUUUGAUGUGUAGCAUUUUCAUUGAUCUUGUUCUAGCUGUUGUAUACUUAGCAAUGAUGCAUGGUUUGAACUGAAGUUUUCCAUUUACCUGUUAUAUCAACCAAGUUGGAGCCCAAGAAUUGUUUACAAAAUCAA